AUUGCAUUAUGCUGUGCACAUUAUCAACGCGUGCGAAAUUUUCCGCUGGAGAGGUUGAUCUGACCCAUGAAAUAAAUUGCCAGUGAUCCACCAAUAAUCUACAUUAAAUGUCCUGCAUUUCGAAUAUCUCCAGCCAUCAGUCGUAAUAUACAUGCAUGUAUGGUGGGUGUCGCGGAAAAGGAUUUUGCACACGAAAAGCAGAUCUGUCGGGCCUGUAACCUCCCUGUAACACAAAGCUUAGCAUUGAUUGUAGAGCAGUUUUCUACGUUUGAUUCUAAUGACUAUAAUGCACAAUCAAUCUUAAAAAUCAAGUGUAUGAUUAAGCGUUAACUUUUGUGUUAGGAGACCCUAAUAUUAGCGUUCGUGAGGAUUGCGAAAGGUCCCAAAUGAGUUCCAACCACGCUAUAGUAAGCCGUACAUGGAAAUGAAGACGACCUCUGUAUGCACGGUGUUUCUGAGUUCACUGAUCUCCAACAAAAACUUAUUGUGAACAUCAAAUACCGAUUUGACCUAGGCACCGUGUAGCACACAUAUGGAAAAUCUAUAGUAAAACUACACUCGGCUUGUAAUUGUCGCUUUACUCAUAUAAUAUACGCGAUACUAGCUUAUUAUAAUCCUCGUUUGAUAUUGGUGAUCGCAAUUGAGUUACCGGACCAUAGGCGACGUGUCCUUGUACGAGUUUUGGGUCACACAAUGAUAUCAGUACUUGCUGGUCAUUUAUAGUUAAUCGAUUUCUUGUUCUGUAAACAUACAAAAUGUGUUUGAUACUGACGGUGACUGGUGUCUUAGUGACGAUCGUGAUUGCAAGAAUCAUUGAAUUCUGGUUAAGGAGACCUUACAUAGAGACAAUAACGGACAAGUAUGUGUUCAUUACUGGAUGCGACACUGGAUUCGGUAACAAACUUGCUAAGCAGCUUGAUACCAAAGGUGUUCAUGUCAUCGCAGCCUGUCUGACCGACAAAGGUCGAAGAGACCUUGAUGACGUCACAUCCGGGAGGGUCAAGACCUUACUCCUAGAUGUCACUGAUCAUGACAGUGUUGUCAAAGCCUAUGAAGAAGUGGUAAAGAUUAUACCACAUCAGGCAGCCCUCUGGGGAGUUGUGAAUAAUGCUGGUAUGUCGAGGAAUUCAGGUUACCUGGUAUGGAGCAGAAAAGAAGACUAUGAGAAAGUACUAGGGGUAAACUUGCUCGGUACCGUCGAUGUCACUCUGACGUUCUUACCGCUUCUCAGGAAAAGCAGCGGUCGAUUGGUCAACGUCGCUAGCUGUGCCGGGCGGAUGGCCGCUCAACCUGCGGGGUACUGCGAAUCAAAAUAUGCCGUAGAGGCUUUUUCUGAUUUAGUUAGGAGAGAGCGAAAACACUUCGGUGAUCGCUUCCGCGUUAGCAUCAUCGAGCCUGGAGUUUUCUCCACCCAUAUAGCAUCGAAAGAAAACAUGUCGAACUGUGUUACAUCAGCCUGGAAUCGUCUGUCUGAAAAUGAGAAGGAAGACUUUCCUGAAUCGUUCCUUAAGAAAUAUAUCGACGAAAAAUCGGUCCUCAUCGAUAAAUUGUCAUCACGUGACCUCUCGCAGGUCACUGACGUCAUGGAACAUGCUUUGUUCUCUAAAUGGCCUCGGACAAGAUACGCUGCUGGGUGGGAUGCUAAACUUUUAUGGGUUCCACUCUCAUAUUGCCCGACAUGGUUCCAAGAUAUUGUAUGGUCAUGAAUUUGUAUCUCCAAAUGUAUUUUGGUCGUAAAAGGCGCUAUACUUUUCUGUUGUUGAGACCUUUAUGUGGUUGAAAGGGUUAAGCUCAACAAAGGGUAAGAAGUCAACUUUAUUAAAGAUGUAGAAAACUUAGCGGUUAUAGGGAUAAUCAAAUAAAAUAAUGUUAAAACUUUUGCUAGCCUUAACAAUAUUUAUGGAAAUCUUUCAUCCACUCGUUUGCACUUUCCCAACUUGUGAUCAGUCACACACACACACACACGCACCCUCUGCCUGAGAUAUGUAAAUGUAACUUAAUGUCUCUAUGGGUGACAAUAUGUAUCCUGAGUUGCUAUACAGUACUGGAUUUAUCCUAUUCUCCACAGCGAUUUUUAAUUUUUUGUUUCCAGCGGCCCGUCUUACAAAGAGUUACGAUUGAUCUGACCAAUCUCAACUGUAUGGAAAUCCAUCCAUACCAUAAUUCUUUCUACAGGAAUUUCGCACAGUCUCCUUAGUAAACAAAGAGAAUCACACUGAAUCUUCAAGAGAACGAUGAAUGUAUGAAUAUACAUCAUAUCUAGAACAUAUUUUGAACAAACAUAUAUUUUAGAUGUUGACUUUGCUGCCUUUCCAUAGUUGUGGUUGAUUGAAUCAAUCCCAACUCUUUGUAAGACGGGGCCUACACUGUUGAAAAAACCAUGAUUUUACAGAAAAAAGAAGAUUUUGCAGAAAGCAAUAACAGAAUCAUGCUGUAAAACAGGAAUUUCCCUGCAAUUUAACAGAACAGGUCUGUUUAAAAAGGGGAAAAGGGUGUUUUCUUUAAGGAAAUUUGUAAGAUUCCAUACACCAAAUACCAAUUUCCUGUAAGAUUACGCAAUCUGGUAAGAUUACAGGUGUUCUCGAGACUCUGCUGCAGGAACUUCUUUUAUUUUAAGGAUACAUUUUCUAACAGUGUAGAAGUUACUUUCAGAAUAAAUUAUUUGGGCAUCAUCUCAUCCAAUGUUUAUAAUCAUUUUUUAUUUCGAAAGAAUUUUUAAGUAAUUUGCACUUGGAAAGAUACGAUAUAACUGAAGCAUUUUUUCUACUGGCUAUAUACCCAUACACAUGCUCACUACAGAGGAGUAUUUUUUAAGUUUAAAUUGUCAGGAGGGGUUUAGCGAAAACAUUCAAAAUGAUAUUGGAUUGUGUGUUUAGUACGUGCAUGAAGGACCCGGAUGAGAUGGAAUUAUCUCGUUUUAAUACUAUCUGUGAAUAGGAAAAUGUUUUUACUUCCAUUUUUUUAUUUUCUGGAACGAUUGAUGGUAUUUGUUAAUAUCGCAGUUUGCUUUUUGCGUUGGUUUGAUAUGUUUAAUAAAAGUUUGAUUAUAAAA